AUGGCAAGUUCCAACUGGGGAUAUGAUGACAAAAACGGUCCUGAACAAUGGGGCAAGCUGUACCUUGCAAAUGGAAAUAAGCAAUCUCCCAUUGAUAUUAAAACCAGUGAAAUGAAACAUGACAGUUCUCUUAAACCUGUCAGUGUCUCCUAUGAUCCAGCCACAGCCAAAGAAAUUAUCAACGUGGGGCAUUCUUUCCAUGUAAACUAUGAGGACAAUGAUAACCGAUCAGUGCUGAAAGGUGGUCCUCUUUCUGAAAGCUAUAGGCUCUAUCAGUUCCAUUUUCACUGGGGCAGCACAAAUGACUAUGGUUCUGUACACACAGUGGACGGAGUCAAAUAUUCUGCAGAGCUUCACCUGGUUCACUGGAAUUCUGCGAAGUACUCCAGCUUUGCUGAAGCUGUCCCACAGGCUGAUGGUUUGGCAAUUAUCGGUGUUUUGAUGAAGAUUGAUCAGGCCAACCCAAGACUGCAGAAAGUACUUGAUGCCCUAAAGGCAGUUAAAACCAAGAACAAACGAGCCCCAUUCACAAAUUUUGACCCAUCUACUCUCCUUCCUUCAUCCCUGGAUUACUGGACCUACUCUGGCUCUCUGACUCAUCCUCCCCUUUAUGAGAGUGUAACCUGGAUCAUCUGUAAGGACCCCAUCAGUAUCAGCCCAGAACAGCUGGCACAGUUCCGAAGCCUUCUGUCGACUGUUGAAGGUGACAGAGCUGUCCCCAUUCAGCACAACAACCGGCCACCCCAGCCUCUGAAUGGCAGAAUAGUGAGAGCUUCAUUCUGAUGGGACCGGGAAGGAACUUCUCCUUCCUCCAGGAACACUGCCCUGCUUCGGACAUAAUCCAGUAAAACAAUUUUUAAGAAGCACAUUUAUGUCAAUCCUAG